UGAAACUACACCGUUUCGACCCAAAUUAAUAAGAUUACGAUAGCUGUCGAGGCUGCUGUAAUCACGGUACACGUUGCAGACUACUAUCGGUUCAAUCGUUGUACAUAGUUUUGUGUUAUUCUCGCUCAUGUCGCGGUUCCUCUGUCUGUGUUCAGCCACAGAAUGAAGUAAAGUUACAACUCAAAAAGUUGACAGUUACUUCAAACUGCUCACACUCGGAACAGUUGACAACAUUUAUGCUAACUCACGUAACCUAACGUAUAGCAUUAGCAUAGUUAGCAUGCCGUAACGUACACUUAUUAGCAACUGAAAAUAUAAGUGACUCUCUUUUUACUUUUGUCUCAUGAUGGCUUUUUUAAAAAAAAUCCCGUAUGAUGAUAUUAAUUGUUUAUUAUUAAUAAGGUCACAUAAACAGUGGCCCAAAUGCUGCUGCCAUCUUGGUAGCAUAUUCCAAAUGGCACCUUCAAAAACUUUCACUUUCACGACUGGCCACAGCCUCAGCCAAGAUGAUUCACACUUCACUGGAAAGAGAACAGCUGACAAAGAGCUCAGAUUCAGCUCUUCACAACACGUUCCAGCUGCAGUGAGAGAUGAUGGACUCUGAGGUGUCUGUGCUGCUGCACUGUGCAGCCUGGAGCGGCCUGCUGGAGUCUCAAGUACAAGUGGAGCUGUCUGAAAGAUUCAACAGGCGGACAGAUCCGGCUCUGGAGCGCGAAAUAGACAAGACGUGGACAGAGCGUGUGUCCAAAGAGCCGUGGCUUUUCAACGGGUCCAAGUUCAGACUGCACUCAUUCUGCUUGGCCUCACUGACCUCUGUUUCUCCUCAACAUCCACCCAACAGAUCACACGGCAGCAGAAGAGUGGAGGAGAAUGUAUGUACGAGCGAUUGUCUGCAUCACUCUGCUCCAAACGGACCUGCAGAAAACGCAGGCCAACACGAGAAUGGACUGCUCCUCACUCUCAGACUGGGCCUGACCUGCUAUAAAGACUACCUGGGAACAAACUGGUCGUGUCGAGUGGCAGAGCUCCGUCAGCUGGGAGAGACGGAGUUCGGCGAUCCUCUGGCGCUGCUGGCUCAGCCUCUGGGUGUGGGUGGCGUCCUGUGUACAGCCGAUGGUCAGGUGGUGCUGAUCCGGAGGAGUCAGAAGGUGGCAGAGGCAGGCGGGCUCCUGGACAUGCCUGGAGGUCACCCAGAGCCGAAGGCUGUGUGUGAGCGUCUGGGCCAGACAGUGCGUGAGGAGCAGAUCAGCGUGAGCAUGAUGAAGCCGAGGGCCGUCGUCUCAGAGCUGUUCUCAUCUGUGUGUGCCGAGAUCAGGGACGAGGUGAAUAUUCCUUUGAGCUCCCUCGGACAGCCUGUCCUGAUGGGUGUCGCUCUGAACCACACCAGUGCCGGCAGAGCGAGCGCUGAGUUCUACGUCAGUUGCUCGCUGACAGGUGAUGAAGUCACAAAGUUGUACUGGAAAGGAGGCGCAGAGGCCAACGAGUCCACAGAUAUCGUCUUCCUGAGCAGAGAGGAGGUGAUGCAGCUGAACACAAGCAGCCCCCUGUGGUCGGAGCUGUGUCCUUCAGCUAAAGGAGCCGUGCUGCUUUAUCAGAAAGUGAAGCCAGAACAACGACACAACAAUCAGCUGAACGCAUCGGGGGACAGAUGAUUCAAUGCAGACAAACGCACAAAGAGAAACAUUUCAAUUAAGCUCAGGGAUUUAUUUAUCUUUGACUUUAUGUAGUCUCGGACCAAUACUGGUGUUAAAACUGUGCAAAAUACUGUAUAAUUUCAUAGUUUGUACACUGUACAGUAAAAACAUUCAAAUAUUUGAAUAAAAACCAUAAAAAGUGA